GGUGCAUUUUUUUUUUUUUUUUAUUGUUGUGCUCCCCCCCCCUUUUUUUUUUCUUUUUUUUAACCCCGUGAACGUUUUUUUGGUCGGGGCUUCCGAAUAUGUUUUAUGACGGUUGAUUUUACACCAGGAGGUUUGUCUCCGAGGAAGACCCAGGGAACUGGAUAUCUAGCGAGAACUUCCUACGGAUUCCCCGGCGCCUCGGGAAAAUGGGAGCUGCUGCAAAGUUGGCGUUUGCCGUCUUUCUUAUCUCUUGUUCUUCAGGUGCUAUACUUGGUAGAUCAGAAACUCAGGAGUGUAUUUUCUAUAAUGCUAAUUGGGAAAGAGAUAAAACCAAUCGAACUGGUGUUGAACCCUGUUACGGUGACAAAGAUAAAAGGCGACAUUGUUUUGCUACCUGGAAGAAUAUUUCUGGUUCCAUUGAAAUAGUGAAGCAAGGUUGUUGGCUGGAUGAUAUCAACUGCUAUGACAGGACUGAUUGUAUAGAAAAAAAAGACAGCCCUGAAGUGUAUUUUUGUUGCUGUGAGGGCAAUAUGUGUAAUGAAAGGUUUUCUUAUUUUCCGGAGAUGGAAGUCACACAGCCGACUUCAAACCCAGUUACACCUAAGCCACCCUAUUACAACAUAUUGCUGUAUUCCUUGGUGCCACUUAUGUUAAUUGCGGGGAUUGUUAUUUGUGCAUUUUGGGUGUAUAGACAUCAUAAGAUGGCCUAUCCUCCUGUACUUGUUCCAACUCAACACGCCUUUCAUAUAAUGAUAGAGGACCCAGGACCACCCCCACCUUCUCCAUUACUAGGUUUGAAGCCACUGCAGUUACUAGAAGUGAAAGCAAGGGGAAGAUUUGGUUGUGUGUGGAAAGCCCAGCUGCUCAAUGAGUACGUGGCUGUGAAAAUAUUUCCAAUACAGGACAAACAAUCAUGGCAAAAUGAAUAUGAAGUUUAUAGUUUACCUGGAAUGAAGCAUGAGAACAUAUUGCAGUUCAUUGGUGCAGAAAAACGAGGCACCAGUGUUGAUGUGGAUCUUUGGCUAAUCACAGCAUUUCAUGAAAAGGGUUCACUGUCAGACUUUCUUAAGGCUAAUGUGGUCUCUUGGAAUGAAUUGUGUCAUAUUGCAGAAACCAUGGCUAGAGGACUGGCAUAUUUGCAUGAGGACAUACCUGGCCUAAAAGAUGGCCACAAACCCGCCAUAUCUCACAGGGACAUCAAAAGUAAAAAUGUGCUGUUGAAAAACAAUCUGACAGCUUGCAUUGCUGACUUUGGGUUGGCGUUAAAAUUUGAAGCUGGCAAGUCUGCAGGUGAUACCCAUGGACAGGUUGGUACCCGGAGGUAUAUGGCUCCAGAGGUAUUAGAGGGUGCUAUAAACUUCCAAAGGGAUGCAUUUUUGAGGAUAGAUAUGUACGCCAUGGGAUUAGUCCUAUGGGAACUGGCUUCUCGCUGUACUGCUGCAGAUGGACCUGUAGAUGAAUACAUGUUGCCAUUCGAGGAGGAAAUUGGCCAGCAUCCAUCUCUUGAAGACAUGCAGGAAGUUGUUGUGCAUAAAAAAAAGAGGCCUGUUUUAAGAGAUUAUUGGCAGAAACAUGCUGGAAUGGCAAUGCUCUGUGAAACAAUAGAAGAAUGUUGGGAUCACGAUGCAGAAGCCAGGUUAUCAGCUGGAUGUGUAGGUGAAAGAAUCACUCAGAUGCAAAGACUAACAAAUAUCAUUACCACAGAGGACAUUGUAACAGUGGUCACAAUGGUGACAAACGUUGACUUUCCUCCCAAAGAAUCUAGUCUAUGAUGGUUGCACCAUGUGUACACAGUGUGAAACAGGACUCUGAGCUGGAGCUGCUAAGCUAACGAAACUGCUUACAGUUAAUUUUCUGUGAGAAAUGAGUAGGAGGUCUCUUGGACAUGUCAAAAAGAAGACCCUCACGUUUAAAAAUGUGGCUCUGGGAGACUUAUGGCAUUGCCUGCAGAAGAGAUGUGAAGGACAUGAGACUUGGAAAAGCUGCAGACUCUAUAAAGAAACUUUUGAAAAAGUGUACAUGAAGAACGUAGCCCUCUCCAAAUCAAGGAUCUUUUGGACCUGGCUAAUCAAGUGUUUGAAAACUGACAUCAGAUUUCUUAAUGUCUGUCAGAAGACACUAAUUCCUUAAAUGAACUACUGCUAUUUUUUUUUUAAAUCAAAAACUUUUCAUUUCAGAUUUUAAAAAGGGUAAACUUGUUUUUAUUGCAUUUGCUGUUGUGUUUCUAUAAAUGACUAUUGUAAUGCCAAUAUGACACAGCUUGUGAAUGUUUAGUGUGCUGCUGUUCUGUGUACAUAAACAAAGUCAUCAAAGUGGGGUACAGUAAAGAGGCUUCCAAGCAUUACUUUAACCUCCCUCAACAAGGUAUACCUCAGUUCCACGGUUGCUAAAUUAUAAAAUUGAAAACACUAACAAAAUUUGAAUAAUAAAUUGAUCCAUGUUUUGUAACAAGGUAUUACAAAUUCACUGUGUUAUUUAAGAAAAAAAGGUAAGCUAUGCUUAGUGCCAACACUAAGUGGCCAUUCAUAAAGCAGUGUUUUAGCUUUUUUUGUGCUAGCUUGUAAUUUAAGGAAAAAAAGUGCUGUUUUUUGCAAUGAAAAAAAGAUGUCAUUUUCCCCUUCUUCCCAUGUUUUAGAGCUUCAUCUUCUAUCCAGUUCCCAAAUUAUUGCAUACUUAUCUAAGGUUUUUUUUUUUUUUUUUUAAAGGUGUGCUGUGUUUGGGGAAUAUUUGAAAAUUUAAAGCAUGAUUUAAAUUUUUUAAAGUGAGCUAUGACACUGGAAAGCUCUUCAUUUUUAUUCUUUUAAAAUAGAUUUUUUUUCCUAUUUAUAUAUGUAAAAUUGUAGUGUAUUUCUUUUCACCAAACAGUGUGUGGGACAUUCUUAAUCACUGUUUAAGGAUCACCUCAGGAAGUGUCAUUAUCCAGAAUUCCUCACUCUCUGCUUUGAGACUUGUAACUUUAUCACUAUAUUUCUGCUUGGUGCCAUCUUGUCAGAGUAAUAUUUGAUGUCUGUGAUAUGUAAAGAAUUAUCCUAGGAUAGAGGUUUUAAAUUUUAAGCACAGAUUUCAGAUGUUACUGCUUUAAAACAAAUCAGGGAUAACAAGUUAAACUUAAAAACUUAAAAUAUGCAAUGACAUUUAGAGGUAACCGAUGUUGAUAUAGGUAAUAUAUAGCCUAGCCUCCUCCCGCAAAUUGCUUUCAGAAACAACUAUGAUUUUUAGGAUAGUUCAUGCCUUAUCCUUGAUAAGAAAGUGGAAUUGAUGGUAGGUAGGUGCCAAAGUGCUUUUCAAAACAAUAUUGCAUCAGAAUAUAAUUGGAUUGUUCCUCAAAUUUAUAUAGGCCAAAGUAAAACAGUUAAUUUCCUGAAUUUCUAUUUUAUUUUAUUUCUGACCAAUAAAUAGCCAGUAUUACACUAUGUACUUUAGUCAGGUCAUUUUAAAAUCCAUACAUUGAUUUUAUAAAAGAACUUUUUACAUGUCACUAUCAGGAGCUCACUGUGAAUGUAUUAUCUUCAAAUGGCUAUUUAACCACACAGUACACUACAUUUUACAUAUAAUGUGCACUUAAUCUCUGGGAAUAAUAAAUUAUAUUAUUUAUAAAUAAUGCAUAGGUCAACAGACUCUAAAGCAGGGAGGAAAGAAGAGUAACAGCAUUGUUGUCUGUGUGCCACACACCAUGCAGAACUUUGUGCUCUUGGGUCUCAUAUGUACCCAAGUUUUCACUGUAUUCCUAAGAAUUCCCUUUUCAAUGUUCAGUUCACCUCUUUAUUUCAAAAAGGACCUGACAUCUUAAUUGAUUUGGUUUAACUUCCACUUUGAAACUAAUCAAGACGGGAAACUGACAAUGUUCACACAUGGAAAUUGUCAAUCUCCUAAAGACAAAGUUCUACCUGUUCUAAACAUUUAAUCUCAUUUUUAAAAGCAAGAAAAAAAUCAAAACAAAAACAAGAAGUAUUAUGAUGAAUGUUUGGCUUAUGUGAGCACUAGUGAUAAAUUUUAUAAGAUCAGUUAUUCAAAAGAUAGUUUUCUCUUCAUGUUAGAAAAAAUUUUUAGAAAUCCUGGGUAUUGUACUUAACUCUAGCUAACCAACUUUAAGACUUGUAUCCUUUUGAAAACUAUAUUAAUAGAAAAACACUUUUUAUAAGCAGUAAAAUAAGAAUGUUCCAAUGACUACCUGUCCUGAUACCUAGUCUUGUUAAAACUUUCAUUUGCAGGGCAUUUUCAUGUUUGGUUUACAGUCAGCGUAGAGUGGGCAAGCUUACAAAAAGUUUGAGCUAGGGAUACUGAAAAAAGAAAGAUCAAAGAAUGAGAAAAAUGAUGACUUCUUUGUUUGGGGGUGAACUGAGACCCCAAUAAUUUUUUCCUCAUGUGUAUGGUGCUCCUUAUGAUUCGUCUUGUAUUUUGCCUUUCUGAUACCCAUCAGAACUGCUGCUCUAACUUCCACUCUUUACCUUGCCCAAAUCUCCAUGUAAGGAAUGCUUUAUGAUCAACUGCCAUAGGACUGAUGGAUUAACCAGUGUUUGGCUUUAUUCGAAGUCUUUGCCCUGCACAGCUCUUGUAUGUAUUUUAGAUGCUAGGAAGUUUUUAGCAUGUGAAGUGUGACUCUUGUUUGAAUGUUUAUUACAGGUACCUUGUGAAUUCCAGAACAGAGACUGUGCCUCAAAAUCGUUGGUCCCAUGAACCUGUACUAUCUUUCAUGGUGAUGUUUCGAAAAUAUAAUCAGGAGAAAAACCCAACAAGUUUGGAAUUUAAAAAGAGAAUCAUCUACAUAAAAUUUAAAAAGAAACUUUUUCUUCUUCCUUUCCUCAAUCCUAAGUAACAGCUACAUUUAAGUAAAAUGCAGGCAGGUAGGGGAAAAAAAUACCCUGACCAGAUGAUAAGUUUGAGUGGAAUUAAACUUACUAUUUUAAAAAAAAUGCUUCUCCACAAAUAUUUUCCAGUUUCUCUUUUUUACCUUUUUAAAAAAUUACUUUUUAGAAACAUUUGGUAUAAUGUGCAUAAAAUUAUUUACUGAUUUAUGGGCAAAAUGAUACAAGUAGCAUCUUGAUUGAACAUCAUUUACCUCAGAUAUUCAACCAGCAGUACAUUUUUUACGCAGUCUCAAUCCAUAUCCUAUUUGUUACCUCUCAAAAUAUUGGUAAGCAAUUAUUUUAGCUUUACUCUGUAAUUCUUGUCAGUGUUUUGGGCACAGGUUGUUGUACUACUGUCAAAUUGUACUUGCUAUUUUUUUCUGCAAGUAUUUAACAAAAAGCUAAAAAAAAAAAAAAAAAA